GUGCAAAUGCCAAACUAAGGUAUCAGAUCACAUCAGGAAAUGUGAAAGGAGUUUUUGAUGUGGAACCUGAGGUCGGAACUGUCUUCAUUACUCAGCCUCUGGAUUAUGAACAAGAACAACAUUAUGAGCUCCGGCUUGUAGCUUCUGAUGGAAAAUGGGAGAACCACACUCUUAUCAUCAUCAAUGUUGUCAAUAAGAAUGACGAAGCACCAGUCUUCACUCAGAACGAAUACCAGGGCAGUGUCUUGGAGGAGCUCACACAUCUGCCUGUACUUGUCCUAAAGGUUUCUGCCACAGACCCCGACCAAGCAGCUGACCAAAAUGCCAUUAACUAUUCCCUGCACGGACAGGGGGCCAGUAGCGAAUUCAGCAUCAAUGAGAACACAGGCGAGAUCAGCGCAAAUAAAAGGUUAGACCGUGAGAAACGAUCAACGUGGCGCUUUCUUGUUCUUGCAACGGAUGAGAGUGGCGAGGGACUGACUGGCUUUGCAGAUGUGAUCAUAGAAGUGAGGGAUGUGAAUGACAAUGCACCACUUUUCCUCUGUGUGUUGGAUGGCUGCUUCAUGGGCCACGUCCCUGAGGAUUCUCCAGCAGACACUCCUGUCAUGGAAAUGACAGCAGUGGACCUCGAUGACCCAAAGGCUGGUAUGAAUGCUGUGCUAACAUACAGCAUCAUUCAGAAUGUCCAAAAUGAAAUUAAUCUGAACUUGUUCUCAAUUGACUCAGUUAGCGGCACCAUCUAUACAGUGCUUGGGUCCCUGGAUCGGGAGAAGGAAGACAAGUACCUAGUAGUGGUUGAGGCCAGAGAUGGAGGAGGGCUCACUGGGACAGGCACCGCCACUAUUUUGGUGACUGAUGUAAACGAUCAUGCUCCAGUCUUCCUGCAAAGGAUCUACACUGCAUUUGUCUCUGAGAAUGCGAGUAUUAACACUGAGGUUGCAGUGGUGUCUGCUGUGGACAGAGAUGAGGGAGAAAAUGCCAUGGUGACCUUCAGCAUCCUUGAUGGGGACAAUGACCGCAAGUUCUCCAUAGAGACAGAUGAAGUCAACAACUGUGGGUUUAUCCGGCUACGAAAACAGAUUGACUUUGAGAAGCCUCAUGAGAGGGUGUUCAAUUUGACUGUGAAAGCAGAAGACAUGGAUUUCUUCAGCAUUGCUCACUGUGUGAUCUAUGUGGAGGACUCCAAUGACCAUGCUCCUGUCUUCUACCCCCAGUUCUAUGAAGUGACUGCACUGGGGGAAGAUGCUCCAGUUGGCACCAAAGUUGUUCAGGUUUAUGCUGUUGACUUGGAUUCUGGCCUGAAUGGAAGGUUUUCUUUCCACCUGCUAAACAAGUCUGACCCAGGUGGCCAGUUCUCUGUGGCUAGUGAUGGAUGGGUGAUGGUUGCAGGACUGCUGGAUCAUGAGACAGUGACACAGUACCAACUUAUUGUUAUUGCCACUGAUAUGGGGCAGCCCCCUCUGACUGGUAGUGCCACUGUUUUAGUGACCCUGCAGGACGUAAAUGACAAUGGGCCAGAGUUUGAGGCUCAUUAUAACCCGAUGGUCUGGGAAAACACAGCUUCUCCACAGGUUGUCCAAAUGAAUGGGACCUCCUCAUUGCUGUAUGCUAAGGACCAAGACACUGCUGCUAAUGGACCACCUUUCUCCUUUCACCUUCUCAGUGAUUUCGAUAGUCUGACUAACUUCAACUUGCAGGACUUCCACAAUGGAAGUGCCUUGCUCACUGCGCUGCAUAGCUUUGACAGGGAAGUGCAGAAGGUGUUCUACCUGCCCAUCCUGAUCACGGACAGUGGGAUCCCACCAAUGAGCUCCACCAACACGCUGACCGUGAAUAUCGGGGACCAAAAUGACCACCCACAUUCUGCUGGCUACAUGGAAUGUCUCAUUUACAGCUAUGACGGUAUCCUCCCCAUGACUGGUCUGGGCCAGGUCUGUGCCCCUGAUGAUGACGACUGGGAUCACAAAAUCUACCAAUUUGAAGGGAAAGCAUCAAGGUACUUUAUCCUUAAUGAUAACUCAGGUUUGCUGACUAUUAAAGAAGGAACCCCACCAGGAACAUACAACAUAAGAGUUAGAGUCAUUGAUGGAGUCUGGCCAGAUGUUGUCUCAACUGUAAAGGUUAUAGUGAAGGAAAUCAAAGAUGAUGCCCUCCAUAAUGCUGGUUCUAUACAAAUAAAAGGUAUCACUCCAGAGGAGUUCAUAUAUCAGUCCCCUGAAAAACAGAGCAAAUACUACCAGAUGAAGAAGCUGCUUUCAGAAAUCGAAUCAGUCCAGCCAGAAAAUGUUCACAUUUUUAGUGUAUUAAAUAGCUCAAGUCAAACCCGAGGGGUUGAUGUUUGGUUUGCAGUUUACGGUCCACCUUAUUAUAAAGCAGAAAAACUUAACGGCAAUGUAGCAGCCUCCAGAGCAAGACUGGAAAACAUCUUGGAUAUAAAUAUCACCCAGAUUGGCAUUGAUGAAUGUGUGACUGCAAACUGCACUCAUAGCAGCGGAUGCAUCAGCAAGCAUGAACAGAGUCAUGUGCCAACAAUAACCACAGCUGGAAGCGUUUCACUGGUGUCUGUGACAGUCCUGAGUCGUGCCCUGUGUGGCUGUGAGGCUCGGGAGAGCCCUCAUCUCUCCUGCUCCUCAUACCAGACAAACCCUUGUCUCAAUGGUGGCACUUGCGUGGAUACUGAUUUGGGCUACAGAUGCAAAUGUCCUGCAAAUUUCCACGGACCAGACUGCCAGCAGACAAAGCACAGCUUCAGAGGCAAUGGUUAUGCCUGGUUCCCUCCUCUUAAGCCUUGCUUUGAGAGCCGCAUCUCCUUGGAGUUUAUCACUGAAGUUGCUGAUGGGCUUCUGUUGUACCACGGACCAGUAGCACGAGGGCAGCCUGGAGAACGGGAAGAUUUCCUUGCUUUAGAGCUCUCUGGCGGUGUCCCGUCGCUGACAGUGAGCCACAGCUCUGGUGAGCUUUUCCUGCAGUUAUCACCAAAAGUUAAUGUUGCAGAUCGCCGCUGGCACAAUAUUAAAAUUAUAAAUGAUGGAAAGAAAGUGAAGCUGAUUCUUGACCACUGCGUAAAUGUCUCAGGUAGAGACAAUGACAGUUACAUUAAGAAGAUCUCCCAAAUGGAUCUGUCUGACUGUGAGGCCUCUGGAGAGACUGUGGGAUCUCAAAGCAUGGAUAGACUCUUCAGUGGCCAUCAGCCCCUGCAGCUGGGUGGAGUUAAGAAGACAUUGCCUUACCACGAUUCACAAAGGCACUUCAGAGGGUUUGUUGGCUGUAUACGCAACGUCAUUGUUGACAGUAAGAUCUAUGAUUUAGAGCACCCUGCAGAGUCCUUGAACAGCGCUCCUGGCUGUGUCCUUACAGACAAAAUGUGUCAGAGCAGUGGGUUGGCCUCCUGUGGCACCCAUGGCAAGUGUGUCGGUGGUUGGGAUUUCUUUCGCUGUGACUGUUUCCCAGGAUAUGCUGGAUCUAUGUGUGAAAAAGUUCUUCCAGAAUGGGCUUUUGGAAGGGACAGUUGGAUCCAUUAUGAGCCAAGAAGCAUCCUCAGCACUCACAGCACUCAGAUCCAGCUGAUGGUGCGCACCCGUAUCUCCCACAGCACCCUUCUCAGCUUGGCCUCUGCAGAUGGGAAUGGAUACCUCCGACUGGAGGUGGUUGAGGGUUUCUUUAGCGUUAACUUCAGCUUGGGGGACAAAAAUCACUCUCUGAGAAUGAGGACAUUACGUAUAAACAAUGGCCAGUGGGUGGUUCUGACCAUGGAGCGCUACAACAAUGAAUUUACCCUGCGUGUUAACAGUGGUGGAGGUGAUCAAGAAGUGACCUCUGUCUUGGGUACGAAUAGAUGGUUUGAAAUGGAUUGGGCAAGCAUUAUGCUAGGAAACCGCCUUCCCAAUCACUCAGAGAGCGAUUUCCAAGGUUGUAUGCGUGAUGUCCAGCUGAAUGGUCAGCCACUUCUUGUGGAAGGCAAAAACACAGAGUUUGGCUUAAUUUUGAGGCGGCAAGGUGUCAUGAUGGGAUGCCAUUCCAGUGCCUGCAGCAGCCAGCCCUGUUACAGCCCUUUCCUUUGUGUAGACCUGUGGAGAAAAUAUGAAUGCCGGUGUCCAGCUGGGAAAGUAGAAGUGACUGACAACCUUACAGGGCUCAGACACUGUACCUCAUCACCUUGUGGACACUGGACCUGUAGGAAUGGGGGUACCUGUGUGGCUCAAUCCCAAGACAAGACUGUCUGCCAGUGCCCCGAAGGUUACAAGGGAAGAUGGUGUGAAAUUAGCCAGGUGAAGGCUGGAAGACCUGUUGGACUCAGCUCUGGCUCUAUUCUGGCAAUCAGCAUGUGCCUCCUUGUCUUCCUAGCACUCUUGGUAUCCUACACAGUGUGGAGUCAGUGGGGAAGUUCAGGGUUUCGGAAAGGAGGAAUUUACCACAUUCCCGAAGAGCGUGAAAGCUGGGAGGAUGUUAGAGAAAAUGUCUUCAAUUAUAAUGAAGAAGGAGGUGGAGAACGUGACCAGAAUGCUUACGAUAUAGAUGAACUGAAGAAACCUCUCCAUACCGUUCCCCACUUCACCUUAAGGGCAGCUGCUCCACACUCCAGGACACCCGUUGGCCCAAAAAGAGUCUCACUCCCAAAACAUGCACAUCAAAAACAGUCAACAUCAGCUGUUACCAGUGUCCCAGACUUCAAGGAGUAUGUUUCUCAAAUCAUCUGGGAUGCAGACAAUGAUCUACAGAGUCUUCCAGCUGACACUAUUCAUUUUUACUGCUUAGAAGGACAAUGCUCUCUAGCAGGGAGCCUUAGUUCCUUAGACUCCAUUAGUGGUGAUGAAGAUCUAAACUACGAUUGCCUCCGAGAGUGGGGGUCAAAGUUUGACAAGCUUAAAGAACUCUAUAAGGUCUCAAACGAACAUUUGUAACCAGAAUUAAAGGAACUUGACACAUUGCUGUGACAUAUGGACACUACUUUUAAAAAUGCCCUUUUUUAUAUAUAAGGUACAUCAAGU